AUGGAGAUUCUUCCUGGUAUGUAUGAAUUAGUUUCAUACAAUAAGUUUAUAGUUCUUAGGCUCGAAGAUGAUGUUUUCCAGAAUAUCAGUGUAUUUAAAGCAAGCAGAGAAAUUAACAAUGUAUGUAACAGAAUACCAAAAAUUCGUCCACAGGAUGAUGGGAUCCUAUUAGUCGAAGUCUCCUCACCUGCACAAAGUGAAAAAUUGCUCAAGAUGAAUACCUUAGUAGGGCGAAAAGUUACGUGUUUCCCUCAUCCUAUACAUAACCAGAGUCGAGGAGUAAUAUAUGCUCCUGAACUGCUCUUAUUAGAUACUGAAGAAAUUCAGCAGGAAUUAGAGGAACAGAAUGUGGCAAAGGUGGUCAGAAUGAGAAAGAAGGUGGGAGAUCAGAUUGUUCCCCUGGCAACACUAAUCCUCACUUUUAACACCUUUAAAUUACCUAAUGCUAUCAAGGCACGAUGGCUGAACUUCAAAGUCAAGCCAUACAUACCAUCACUUUUGAGAUGUUACCACUGCCAAAUGUUUGGUCAUUUGAUACAGAAAUGUAGAAAGAAAAUAAAUGAAGAACCUGCUUUAUGUUGUAAUUGUGGCAAAGAAGCACAUGGACCAUGCAGUGAACCACCAUCUUGUAUUAAUUGUGGAGAAAACCAUCCUGCAUCCUCAAAAAGUUGCGUGAAAUUUAUUUUAGAGAAGGAGGUGCAAACAGUUAAAGUUAUGGAAAAGAUUUCGUUCAAAGACGCUAGAAAGAAAGUAUUAGAACUUCAAAUAAGACCGGGAGUUACAUUUUCAUCAGUAACUAAGAAGCCACAAUCCAGUGUACAAGUGCCAGCUACUCAUGCAGUACAACAGCAACCAUCCGCUGCAGUCAGAAAGUCAAACCAGGCUGAGACAAUGCCACGUGGAGAGGAGCAUAGUGAUGAUAAACCUAAAGCAGGAUGUUCUUUAAAUAAUGAAAAUAGCACAUCACUCCAGCAACCAAAACCACAAGUUCUUAAAUCAUGUACAGCAGAGAUUCCUAAAGGAAUACAGUUGAAUACAUCCAAUGGAACUCGGCCCAAUCAGAUCACAGGAAAAGAGAGAGAACAUCAGAAAAAAGAAAAGAUAAAAAGUGAAAAUGAAAAUAAUGAGCUUUCCUCUCAGAAAUCCAUAGUUAUCCAGAGCAAUAUCCCCAGGUUAAAACGUGUAAAAGAUAAUAAUUAA